AUGGAUCUAUCAACGAAUAAACUCUCAAAUGGCAUUCCUAAAGAAAUUGGUAGCUUGCAAAAUCUGAUAUACCUUUCUUUGAGAGACAAUAAAUUGCAAGGAUCAAUACCUAGCUCAAUGAGCAGCGUGACAUCUUUGGAAUUUCUAGACCUUUCUCAUAACAAUGUUUCAGGAUUAAUUCCCACGUCUUUGGAGAAGCUUCAAAAUCUCAAGUAUUUCAAUAAGUUAGUUGGUGAAAUCCCCUCGAGCGGUCCAUUCAAGAACCUCUCCGGUCAGUCUUUCAUAUCCAAUGAAGCAUUGUGUGGUUCUCCAAGAUUCCUGUGUAUAAGAGGUAAAAGAAAGCAAGCAGUCGAUUCAUCGUAUGUCGUCUCAACAAGAGGAAGAAUUUCAUACUAUGAAUUGCUCCGAGCAACUGAUUCACUCAGUGAGAGUAAUUUGAUUGGUUCUGGGAGUUUCGGCUCUGUUUACAAAGGAAUCCUCAGAGAAGGGACUUCUAUUGCAGCUAAAGUUUUCAAUCUGCAAUUACAAGCGGCAUUUAGGAGUUUUGAUACAAAAUGCCAAUUUUUGCGCAACCUCCGUCAUAGGAAUCUCACCAAAGUCAUCACUAGUUGUUCAAACCUUGAAUUUAAGGCUUUGGUACUAGAGUACAUGUCCAAUGGGAGCCUCGAUAAGUGCUUGAGUAGGGGGCUGCACACCGCGCAAGUACAGAGUGUAGACAAGGAGGGACUUUUUCUUUUGUUGAAAGGAUUCAGAUCUUCACCAUGGAUGAUAGAACUCCUCCCGGAAGUGAAGGCAGGAGUAAAGCCUAUUGAUUCACCACAUCUCAAAUCUGAAUUGGACAAUGCCAGAACGUACAUCAAACGUGUUGAAGAGCUGGGUAAGGAGAGGAGGCACCAAGAGCCAGAAGAGAUGGUGGAGGUUAAUACCAUCAUGUAUAUGGUGGUCAGUUUGGAAGGAAAGGAACAGUAG